CAAGAGAAAUCCAAAUCCUAUUGACACGUGUUUUACGUGAGGAGAUGCUAGGAGAAAAAACGAAGGACUGAGAGAACUAAGAGAUUGGAUUGUAAGAUGAAUAGUAAGAGAUUUACCAAUCUUCUUCCUUCUUCUUCUGUUUCCUAUGCUCUCCCACCCAUUGUUCUUCUUGCCUUUUGCAUUUUCUUUUACUAUCUCUCAGUUACUUCAUCACCAGAAAAUCACCUUCCCCAUUCCAUCCCCAUCACCAACCACUCUUCUCUUACUGCUCCUACGCCUAGGUCUCCAGUUUAUGAGAAGCCAUGUGACUACUCCGAUGGCAAAUGGGUCCGUACAAAAAGAGGCCCUUUGUAUAAUGGAACAACCUGUGUUAAGAUGAAAAAAAACCAGAAUUGCAUCGCCAAUGGAAGGCCUGAUCUGGGGUACCUUUUCUGGAGAUGGAAACCAAGUGAAUGCCAUCUUCCAAGGUUUGAACCCAACAUUUUUCUCCAACUCAUUAGCAACAAGCAUGUAGCUUUUGUUGGUGACUCUGUGUGCAGGAACCACAUAGAGUCCCUUCUUUGCAUGUUAGCCACCGUCAUAAAACCGAACCGUGUCCGCCACGAAGGUUCCCGUCGGUGGCUCAUACCUUCUCACAACGCAAUCUUGUCCUUCUAUUGGUCCCCAUUUCUUGUGCAAGGUGUUCAAAGACAAAUCAAGGGACCACACUAUAAUACAAUUCAUUUGGAUCGUGUUAACAUUAGGUGGGAAAAGGAUUUGGAUGAAAUGGACAUGAUUGUGUUGUCUUUUGGGCAUUGGUUUAUGGCUCCUUCAGUUUACUACGAGGGUGAAAAAGUCAUAGGAUGCUUGAACCAUCCUGUUUCUAAUUGCACCACCGAGAUUGGUUUUUAUGGUCCAAUAAGAAGAGCUUUGAGAACUGCUCUUAAUAGCAUAAUUGAGAGGAAGGUUAUUAAAGGAAAUGGAGUGGAUGUAAUUUUGAGAACAUACGCGCCUUCUCAUUUUGAAGGUGAUUGGGAUAAGGGAGGUAGUUGUGCAAAGACUAAGCCUUAUGGUGUUUGGGAGAGACAACUUGAAGGGAAAGAUGCUGAGAUCAGAAGGAUUGAGUUGGAAGAAGUGGAAAAUGCUAAGGCUAAAGCCAAAAACUUUAGAGGGUUUAGGAUGGAGGUAAUGGAUGUAACAAAAUUAGCUUUGUUAAGACCAGAUGGUCAUCCUGGUGCUUAUAUGAAUCCUUUUCCAUUCGCUAAUGGGGUUCCAAAGCGUGUGCAGAGUGAUUGUGUUCAUUGGUGUUUGCCAGGACCUAUAGACACAUGGAGUGAGAUUUUUCUCCAGAUGUUGGAAAACAUGGCACGAGCAGCCAAGGAGUGAAGAGUGAAGCAUUCUUCAUAUCCGUUAAUUCAUUUGCAAUAAUUUUUUCGCCACACAUGUGAUGUGUUGCGUCAAAACUAGAAAGAGUAUUUUGUUAUUUUGUUUGUGUGUAGGUUGGCUAAUGUACCCUACUUAUUUUUUUUUUAUAAGAAAUAAGUUAACAAAUUUUAACAUCAACUAA